AUCACCCAUAGUAUGGCAAUUACUCUCUGAUAUAACGUUUUAAGAUUCCACAAUACCUUUAACACAAUAGAAAACACCAAUAUAAGAAACAUUGCAUAUGAAGCGAUCUAUAAAUGAGCUAGCAUCUGCUUCAACCUUGCCAGGUGAAAUUAGCAAACGCCAUAUAUUACAACCACAUAGGUCAAAAAUAGACCUUAUGGAUGAUACAAGAUUAACAUCUUUGCCACUACCGCCUCCACCUCCAAAACGUGCUGGUUCUUCACUGGCAUCCAGUACUGAGCUACAAUUAGAGAAGAGGAGACGAGAUGGGCAACUAGGUGAAGACUUUGAAGCGAAAGAUGAUAUCAAAGGCGCAGAUGAAGACGACGAGGAUGAGUAUGAUGAAUAUGAAGAUGAAAGUCAAGACCCAAUUGUCCUUGUUGAAGACUAUAUGCACAAAUCCUCGUCCUUGUUACCACAUAUGCUGCGACAGAAAUCGUUGGCUCAUUUCAAACUGAGGAUAUUCGUUGACUAUUCGAGUGAGCUGGCAUCAUAUAUAGAACAUCAGGAACACUAUGAGCAUACACCGCAGGUGAAACAUAUUUCAAGUGAAGUAAGUUAUGAUCAAGAGGUACUGGACACUUCAUUUUCAACCUUGCCUCGCAACAGUGUUUCCGAAGAAACUGUACGAUACAUACGUAACAGCAAAGAAGAGAAGGAGGAUUUGGAGGCAAUCUUUGGAAGAAUUCCUGGUAGUGAUCUUCUCAAGUACUGUGAUUUGUGUGACAAACCACUUUAUGAAAUUUCUUCAAUUAUAAAUAAUAACAACAGUAAGCAACGGACCAUAAAGAGAAACCAUUAUGAAUUUAUUUGCGGGGACUGUAUCGAAAAUUACGAAACUUUUAUUAAUGAGUUCUAUGAUAACGAAGAAGAAGAGGAGGAAAAUUUGGAAAAAUCUCGUACCAGAUUACUUCGUAUCUUCCAUUCGAUUCAAUACAAAUAUAAAUUGACAGAUGAAUGUGCUGCGAAAAAGCUGAAACUUUCCACGAGUUUAAUCGACCGUUUACAUUUAAUCCAAGCAGGUAAUAUUGCGAAAUAG